UCUGCGCUCUAAUAAAUGUUAGGAAUUUAAUAUUACAGAAAAUUUCAUUACAGAUUCUACAAUAAUGGGAGCUUCUUCGAGUACACCAAGAACUGUUACAAUUGAUAACGACUCGCCAGUAGGUGUAAUUGAUAUUUCCGAUGAUGUUGUGCAACGUCUUAAGACAGGAAUUCCUCCAAAAGAAGGAGCUCGCAAACAUUCCAGCGCGCCCAGUUCCUAUCCAAAUCCUAUACCGCCUCCAGCUGGCUAUCAUGAGCCUGCAUUGUCGUCCAAAGAAAAUAAUGACCAUUUGGCAAAACGAUUAGAAAUUUUGGAAGCCAGAUCAUCUGUUAUUGAAAAGGAAUACAACAACGCGAUGAUUGAUGUAAAGAAGCACUUCAAGAAUACUGCUACUAGCUAUCAGUUGCCUCCAUGUCAAGACUUAAAGGCGAAGGUAAUCGAGUGCUACAAGAAAAAUCAAAAUGAAACUUUAAAUUGUUCUGCUGAUGUGAAAUUAUUUACCGACUGUGUUAAUCUGCAUCGAAUUCAGCUUUUACAGAAAAAAGAAGAAGCUACUAAGUCUGCAAAAGCAGAGUGAUGAAAGCUUGAACACCAAGUCUGCUGAAAAGCAACAAUUUAUGUUAGAGAGGUAAUUUAUUUGUACUCUGUAAAUACAAGCUACGCAGAAUACUUAGUUGUUUUCGU